GUUAUUGUCUUUUUGACAUUUUUACAAAUCCAUUGUAAUUACAUUUUUUGCAAUUUACAAAAUAAAUUUAGUGAAAAAUAAUGGAAAAAUUGAUUAAAUUAAAAAAUCUUAAUUGUCAUAUUACGUGUAAAAUAUGUAGAGGAUAUUUAGUAGAUGCCACAACAGUUACAGAAUGUUUACAUACUUGUUAGUAUAUUAAAAUAGUAAUAUUUCUAUUUCCAUUGAAAAUUGUAUAUAACUUUUGUUAUUAUAUUUAGUUUGCAAAAGUUGUCUAGUAAAACAUUUAGAAGAAAACAACAGCUGUCCUACAUGUCAAAUUGUUAUACAUCAAUCACAUCCAUUGCAAUAUAUAAGUUUUGAUCGUACAAUGCAAGAUAUUGUAUUUAAAUUAGUACCAGGGCUUCAAUUGGGUAAACUGAAUGAUUAAAAUCAUCAAUAAAAAUAUUCAAAAUAAUUAUUAAUUAAUAACUAUUUAGAUGAAAUUAAGCGAGAACGAGAGUUUUAUAGGAUCAGAGGUUUACCAUAUCCCAAAGAAGUGCCUGCAGGUACAGAAGUCGAUGAUGAUAAGACAGCGCAAGAUCAAGCAGCAGCAGAUUCUGAUUACCAUAGGACAGAUGAACAAGUAACAUUAAUCAUCCAUUAUUAUUAUCUUAAGUAUUAAAUAAAAAUUACUCAAUAAAGGUUAAUAUUGGAUUGGAAUGUGUUGCAUCACAUUUAAAGUCAUUAAAGAAAAAAUUCUUAAGAGUGUCAUCUCAAGCAACUAUUACUCACCUAAAAAAAUUUAUUGCUGUAAAAGUUUUAGAAGGGUCUGAUAAAUACAGAGAUGUAAGUAAAAAUACAAUAUAUUUGUCAUUAAUAACCUAUAUUAUUAACAUACUUAAUACAAUUACAUUUAUUUAUUUAGAUUGACAUUUUGUGUAAUGAUGAACUCUUGGGUAAAGAUCACACUCUUAAAUUUGUUUAUGUUACAAGAUGGAGAUUCAGAGAACCUCCAUUGAAACUUCAGUAUAGACCAAAAUUAGAUUUGUAGACAGUUAAUACAUUUAUUAUGUUUAGUCAGUUAUUUCUAUAGUAUUCUUUUAUUAUGCAUACACUUGUAUUAUGUUUAUGUAAAUACCAAAUAAUUAUAUAGAUGAAUAACUAUGUUUUAUAUAAAUAUUUAAAUUGAAUUACACUUAAAAGUUAUAAAAUAAUAUAGCCUUUGUAAUAUAUUUGUACAUAUUUUGAAAUUAGUUUUAAGGAUUUUGUCUUCUAAUUAUGAUAUGUAAUAUUUUAAGUUGGAUUGAGUUAAAUUAAUAUAAAGACUAAAUUAAUUGAAUUAAAUGUUCAAAAAGGUGGAUUUCUUUUUUUUUUAUUCUGAGUGAAGCAGACUAUGGGUUCACAAAUUUAUUUUUUCUUGUGGACAACUUUUCUGGUUCAUUUUUUCGAUUUUCUCAUCAAAUGUGAAAAAGUGAAAAAAAAACUGGG